GAAAAAGUUAAAUCUGGACCGCGAACUAAGCUUUUUUCUCUUCUUGUUUGUUGCCGCCCUUCUCUCUCUGUUUUCGUUUUUCCUUUUUUUUCCUUUCACAUAAACAAUCAAAAACCCUAACCCAAAUCUUUCGCGCUUUGUUUAAAUUUUAAUUUGAACCUUAAUUUUCUUUUUUUUUUUUGGUUUUCAUCAACUUUCCACGAAUCUCAGAUCCACGAGAUUUAAAUCUGGCUUUUUCAAUCUUCCUGCAUGGUUUAUUCUUCGAUUUGUUAUAGGUUUCAAUGUGAUUUGGAUCCCAUUUCUGCAAAUUUUCGUUGAUUUUUUUGGCUUUCUAUAGUUAGGUUUUUUUUUCGCUGUUCUUGAAUUCGAAUUUGGAUUCGACUUUUCAGUAUACGAGCAGUGAAAUCUAAGGUCUGUUUCUUUUUUCGGAUUUUCCUCUUAUGAAUGCUGUAAUUAUCGGAAAUUGGAGAACGAAUUCGUUGUUGAAUGGAGGAAGAAGCAUUUUGUUUGAGAAUCUCAACGGAGGAGAUUACGGAGAACGGAAAUGGUACGAAACCUGAAUUGAAGCGAGACCGUGAAUCUCUUGAACUGGAAUCUGAACCGGAGGCAUCUCCUAACAAGAAACAAGCGAAAGAAGUUUCUAAUGAAGAUAUUCGAUCGGAGGUUUCGAACCCAAUUGUUUCUCCUAAAGAAAACACGUCUAGUUUCCAUGACAUAAGCAGUAGGAACCAUGCCGGUAGUGGUGAAGUUACCUCUGUUUGUUCCAGGAAUUCGAGUUUCGAUGAGAGUCUGAGUGAUAGUUCUCAAAUGUGUGAUACUUCGGGGGCUAUGUUGAGUUCCCAUGUUACAUUGGAAAUUCCAAAGCAUUUGAGUUCAUCAGGGAUUAGGAAAAUUACGUUUAAGUUCAGCAAAAGGAAGGAGGACUAUGAUAAUGAAACUUCGUAUUCAGUUGGUGGGGAAUGUAUGAAUAUGGAAAAUAUUUAUGGGACUAGUUCAGUCGAAUGGAGUAGUCGAUAUUCUUGUGCUCCUAAUUUGGAAUUGAAAAUGACUAAGAAGGUUGUUCCUAGUAACUACCCUACAAAUGUUAAAAAGUUGUUAGGAACUGGUAUUCUUGAUGGAGCCCGAGUGAAGUAUAUUUCAAUCUCGACGGAGAGAGUACUGGAUGGAAUUAUUCAUGCGGGUGGCUAUUUGUGUGGAUGCUCAUUUUGUAAUUUCUCCAAAGUAGUAAGUGCCUAUGAGUUUGAGCAGCAUGCUGGUGCCAAAACUAGGCAUCCUAAUAAUCACAUAUACUUGGAGAAUGGGAAGCCAAUAUAUAGUAUUAUUCAAGAACUCAAGACUGCUCCACUCAGCAUUCUGGAUGAAGUUAUAAAAGAUGUAGCUGGUACAUCUAUAAAUGAGGAGUCCUUUCAGGAUUGGAAAGCUAGUCUUCAGCAAAGUAACGGAAAUGUUCAAGCAGAGAAGAUAUAUAACAUGAAACCUCCUAGUUUGCCUAAUUCUCUGAGCAGGCCUAACUCAGUCAUGAAGCGAAAGAAAACUGCUGAUGGUGGUAUGAAGAAAAGGGAUAAUGAUUUACACAGGUUACUUUUUAUGCCAAAUGGACUUCCAGAUGGAGCAGAAUUGACCUACUUCAUCAAAGGGCAGAAGUUACUUGAGGGCUACAAGCAGGGAAAUGGUAUAGUAUGUUGCUGUUGUGAGAGAGAGCUUAGUCCUUCACAGUUUGAAGCACAUGCUGGAAUGGCGGCCAGAAGACAACCGUAUCGCCACAUCUAUACAUCUAAUGGAUUGACGCUUCAUGAUAUAGCAUUGUCAUUAGCAAAUGGGCAGUGUGUUACAACUGGUUCCAGUGAUGAUACAUGUGCAGUAUGUGGAAAUGCUGGAGAUCUGCUUCUUCGUUGUGAAUGCUCUCAGGCUUUUCAUCCAUCUUGUUUGAAUCUAGAGCACCUUCCUGAAGGUGAAUGGUGUUGUCCAAAUUGUGCAGAUGAACAUGGUUCUAGUAGGAAAGCUGUUUCUGGAGAAGCUUCAAGCACAGCAAGACCAAUUGUGAUACGAUUGACAAGAGUUGUCAAAUCACCAGAGUUUGAAAUUGGUGGUUGUGUUGUUUGCAGGGGUCAUGACUUUAGUGGCUCUACAUUUGAUGAUCGAACAGUUAUUCUCUGUGACCAAUGUGAGAAGGAGUUCCAUGUUGGUUGCCUGCGGGAAAGUGGACUGUGUGAUUUGAAAGAAAUUCCCGAGGAUAAAUGGUUUUGUUGCGAUGACUGCAACAGGAUUCAUGUGGCUCUCCAGAGUUAUGUUUCCAGUGGGGUGCAGAUAAUUCCUACUGUAUUUGCAAAUAUAAUUAGAAGAAAGUAUUUAGAAAAAGGAUUACUUAUUGAUGGAGCCACAGAUUGUGUUCAAUGGCGAAUACUGAGCGGAAAAAGCCGUUAUUCUGAACAUCUGCCUCUACUUUCAAGUGCAGCUGCAAUAUUUCGAGAAUGUUUUGAUCCCAUUGUUGCAAAAUCGGGUCGUGAUUUGAUUCCCGUCAUGGUCUAUGGGAGAAAUAUAUCAGGACAAGAGUUUGGUGGAAUGUAUUGCGUGGUUUUGAUUGUGAGGUCCGUCGUUGUAUCAGCUGGCCUUCUUAGAAUAUUUGGUCGGGAGGUUGCCGAGCUCCCUAUUGUAGCUACAAGUAGAAAACAUCAAGGAAAAGGAUAUUUCCAGGCAUUAUUUGCUUGCAUUGAGAAUUUACUAAGUUCCCUGAAUGUCGAAAACCUGGUGCUCCCGGCAGCUGAUGAAGCUUUGUCGAUUUGGACGAAGAAAUUUGGUUUUACAAAGAUGAGUGAGCAGCAAUUAUCCAAGUACCAAAAGGAGCUUCAACUGACGAUCUUCAAAGGAACAUUGAUGUUGGAGAAAAAGGUAGAGCCGAUACCGGAAUAAUGCUGAUCAUCUCCUUCCGGAUAACUUUUAAUCGAAAUACCAGGAUCUGGCAUUAACAUCGGUUCUAACUUGUGUUGUUGGUCUUAACGUUUCGCUUUUGUUCUUCUUUUUUGUUCCAUCCACCAUAAAUGGUUUUGUUUUUUUUUGUACAAAACUAGAACUAUAUACCGAAUGAAGAAGGAUGUAAAGACAUUAUAAAGCAAAAGUGACUCAACCAAACUCGCCUUGCAUGCUGACCCCUUUUUUAAUGCAUGCAUUGCAAUUUUGCAUGCAACUAGGAAAAGAAAAUUCGGUAAUAUUUUUCUUUAAUUCAAUUGAAUGAUUAAUGGAUUUAUUUUAGUUGUUUUUAAA